CGGACAGAACUGUUGUGACCGCCGUUUUGUAGUUGUGGGGAGCGUGUGGACCAGCUUGGGAGAGAGUCUUACGAUAAGAGCAGAAAAUCAGGGUCUUCCCCACCGCGAUAACGAAAAGCAAACGGGUUGAUGAUGGUUCUCAAGGACGCUACCUGGCAGUUCGCGCGGCUUUGGCUGUUCAGAAGUCAUGUGCUGUUCGAGACAUGGUUGAUAAUUGCUGUAUGGACGUCUCGCCAACAGCUCUCCUGCUUCCUAUAUAUUUCCAGUGCUAAACACACACAAAUGAUAGAUGACAGAUUGGCGCCCUGUUGGAAGAAGGGCGCAAGCGUCGCGAGGGCCUCCUUGCUCGAAGACGUCGAAGGGCAGCAUGUGACGUUAUCGUUCCACUCGGAAGUGGAGGCGGCAUUUCUCCGCAGUUUCGCACGAACGAGCAUCACUGGUUGCCUCACAGUUGACUGCAACACUUGAUCAGAGACGAAGCUGCAGAUGAACCGGCCAACAUUGUAGCAUGUGGCUUUAGCUACCCUCGGUCCAAAAGUGUCGAAAAUUCGCGUGACUGGGAACUCGGGCGAGUUGGAGCUCGACGGACUGGCCGCCGUUCUCGUCUCCCAACAACCUUGGGCUGCCC